UUGCUGCACUAACGCAGGGAAACGAUUGACAGGAAGUUUUGGUAUACAGUUAGGUACAGCUGCCAAAAAAACUUUACAACAACUAGGAGGUAUCAUACCAAUUUUACCAGUCAAUAUAGACUGAGACACUGAGUGUGAUCCCUUCGAAACAUCCUGGGAUAUUUUUCAAUGUUGAUAAACAUUGGGUCACGAUAGGCCCAAAACGGAGGUAAUUGAGCAUUCACAGAAUUUGCAAAGCAUAUAACGGAUAAGAGAAAAAACACACUCAUCGUAGACAUGAUAUGGGGAAGGGAAUUAUGCGACAAGAGAAGGCUUAAGAAAUUCAAUAUAUGGUUAUCUUAAGAUAGCUUUUUAUGAAAGUAAAUAAUUGAUUGUCUCGUCCAAUUUAUAGGAAAAAUGGAGUAUGAAACAAUUAAUUAUAAUUUCAAACAUUUGACCACUUCCGUAGAUUUGAUGAAGUCAACAGUAUUCAUUUUUAUCUUGAGUAAUUGUAACUGUUUUUUAUAGAUUGAAUUUGUAUCAAUUGGCUUUUUAUUAAUUUCUAGAGAUUUUUCAGAUUAGUAUUAUAUUUAUAAUUUUAUCAAUUUUAGUAUUAGAAUUAAAUCCAGUUUUUACUCAAAAUAUUAAAAAUACAAUUAAUGUAAAACUUAGUUAUAGUUAUUUCUGAUUUUUAGUUCUAGAUAACAUUGUUUUUUUUUGAAACUUAGUUCUAGAUAACAUUGAUACAAUAAUAAUAGGAAAGAUAUCAUAUACUAUUGACCACAUACAAUAUUGAUACGAUAAUAAUAGGAAAGAUAUACUACAAUAUUGAUACAACAAUAAUAGGAAAGAGACAAUAUUACUAUUAACCACAUAUAAUAUUUGAUAUAAUAAUAAUAGGAAAGAAAAUAUAUACUAUUGACCACGCAAAUGUGGUAAGAAAUCUUUAUCAUAACUCAUAAGUUUGCACGCUUAUGUUUAGAAGCCCUUCACCAUUUUUUCUUAUAAAUUGGAACACAUUGCAUUACUUAGUAUCAUCAAAUUAAACAAGAAUCAACUUACAGAUUAUCAUAUCUUAGACAUCAUAGUCUUUUCUUAGUCUUGUUGCGUGAUCCCAAAUAUAUUCAUGUCGAUUAAGAAUGUGCACCUUCUUCUCCUGGUGACGAUAUGCAUUGCAUCCUCUGCUAAUGCUCAGUUUCCAUUUCCGUUUCCAUUUCAACCAAGUCCAGGUAGUAUGCCAGGAAUGCCUGGUAUGAGCCAAUGUUGGUCAACACUGAUGGAUAUACCAGGCUGUUUUGCAGAGAUCAGACAAUCCAUUAUGACCGGUAAAUUCGGUAGCAUAGGUCCUGCUUGUUGUAAAGCUUUUUUAGAUGCUGAAGCCAACUGCACAAAAAAUCUUCCAUUCAAACCGUUUUUCCCUCCUAUGCUAAAGGAACAAUGCUCGCGUGCUGCCGGUCCUCCAACGACGCUGUAAGAUUAACGUGAAAGAUAAAUUACGAAAAGGAAAGACAGUGAUCUAAUAAUUAUACUGUUGCAUUUCCUAUGCUUUAUUGAACGAAUUACUCAGUCCUUAAGCAUUGACUUUUUCUUGGGUUCACCCCCUAGGGUGAACCUUUAGGUUCACCAACCAA